GAACUCAACUCAGAGAUUGGUACUGCCAAGUAUCCAGAUGGAGAAUACUCUCUAGAGCUCAUCCUCAACUCUCAGGACGGCCGCUCCAAGAACUUCACUCACAUGUUCCGCGUGGAGACACUCACAGCUAUCAGCAGUAGUGCAAUUGAGCCCCUGGAUUUCGAAUGCUUCACACAGACUAACAACGUAAGUGUUGUUGUCCAAGCCGGAGCCAACAAGGAAGUCAAUCUUCACUGCCUUCUCGAUGGGGUUCCACAGCAAACAUGUGGACCGUCCAACAUGGUACUGUUCAGAGAUGUAAGCCAAGGUCUGCACACCUUCACCAUCAUUGCUGAGGAUCUCGACGGGCUGGUCGACAAGUGUGAUGUCCACUUUGAAGAGGACCUGGACAUUGCCUGUCGUGGAGCCUACAAUCCAUCGCAGGACGUGGUGCAUCUGGCAUGUCCCACACCGUACGAUGUUCCAGUCCAGGACUUUGUCAACGGGCUCUAUCACCUGAGGGUGGAGGCAGAGGAUGAGUUUGGAAACAUUGACUCUCAGGAGCUCACCUUCUCUCCUCCUCCUCCCACCGCCACCUUUGUUGGCUGUGCCUAG